GCGCUCGUGCCCUGCCAGGUGCUGCGGGUGGCCAUCCUGCUGUCCUACUGCUCCAUCCUGUGCAACUACAAGGCCAUCGAAAUGCCCUCGCAUCAGACCUACGGCGGGAGCUGGAAAUUCCUGACGUUCAUUGAUCUGGUCAUCCAGGCUGUCUUUUUCGGCAUCUGCGUGCUGACUGACCUUUCCAGUCUUCUGACCAGAGGAAGUGGAAACCAAGAGCAAGAGCGGCAGCUCAAGAAGCUCAUCUCACUCCGGGACUGGAUGUUAGCUGUGCUGGCCUUUCCUGUUGGGGUCUUCGUUGUAGCUGUGUUCUGGAUCAUCUAUGCCUACGACAGAGAGAUGAUAUACCCGAAGUUGCUUGACAAUUUUAUCCCUGGUUGGCUGAAUCACGGAAUGCACACAACGGUUCUGCCCUUUAUAUUAAUCGAGAUGAGAACAUCACACCAUCAGUAUCCCAGCAGGAGCAGCGGACUUGCCGCCAUAUGCACCUUCUCUGUGGGCUAUAUAUUAUGGGUGUGCUGGGUGCAUCAUGUCACCGGCAUGUGGGUGUACCCUUUCCUGGAACACAUUGGCUCCGGAGCCAGAAUCAUCUUCUUUGGGUCCACAACCAUCUUAAUGAACUUUCUGUACCUUCUGGGAGAAGUUCUGAACAGCUAUAUCUGGGAUACACAGAGAAGUAUGGAAGAAGAGAAAGAGAAGCCUAAGUUGGAAUGAGAUCAAGUGUAAAGGGAAGAGCAAGUUUGAGCCGCCACUGUUCUCCUCAGGAGAGAAACCUUGGACGGAAGCUACGGCGUCAGCCCACCCUGCCCCUGAGGAAGGACACCUUGAUAUAUAAAUAUCUAUAACGUACAAAAUACACUGGUUUCCCAAAUCACCCGCAUUGUGCUUUAAAGAAUUCUUUCCAAAUACAUUACUGAUGACAUCUUU